AUGGCCCCGUGGCCCGCACCUCCUCCGCCUCCGCCUCCGCCUCCACCUCUCGCCGCGCCGCCGCCGCCCGGCGCCUCGGCUAAGGGCCCGCCGGCGCGCAAGCUGCUUUUCAUGUGCACCUUGUCCCUGUCCGUCACCUACCUGUGCUACAGCCUCCUGGGCGGCUCGGGCUCCCUGCAAUUCCCCCUGGCGCUGCAGGAGCCGCCGGGCGCCGCCGCGGAGCCCCCGCCGAGCCCGCCGCCACCCUCUCUGCCGCCUCCCCCCGUGCGCCUCGGCGCCCCCUCGCAGCCGCCCGCGCCGCAGCCGCCGGACAACGCGAGCCGCGGGGAGCCGCCCGAGCCCCCUGAGCAGCCCGCCGCCCCUGGGGCCGACGGCUGGGGACUGGCGAGCGGCGGCGGAGGCGCCCGGGACGCCUGGCUCCGGACCCCGCUGGCCCCCGGCGAGAUGGUCACGGCGCAGAGCGCGCUGCUGGAGAGGGAAGCGCAGGAGUCCAGCACCACCGACGAGGAGCUCGCAGGCCGGAGGGCGGCCAACGGGAGCAGCGAGAGGGGCGGCGCCGUCAGCACCCCGGACUAUGGGGAGAAGAAGCUGCCGCAGGCGCUUAUCAUCGGGGUCAAGAAAGGAGGGACCCGCGCGCUGCUGGAGGCGAUCCGAGUGCACCCGGACGUCCGGGCGGUGGGCGUAGAGCCGCACUUCUUCGACAGGAACUACGAGAAGGGGCUGGAGUGGUACAGAAAUGUGAUGCCUAAGACGGUGGAGGGGCAGUUAACCAUGGAGAAGACGCCGAGUUACUUUGUGACAAACGAAGCCCCCAAGCGCAUCCACUCCAUGGCCAAGGACAUCAAACUGAUCGUGGUGGUGAGAAACCCCGUGACCAGGGCCAUCUCUGACUACACCCAGACGCUGUCGAAGAAACCUGAGAUCCCCACCUUCGAGGUGCUUGCCUUCAAAAACCGGACCCUCGGGCUGAUCGAUGCCUCCUGGAGCGCCAUUCGAAUAGGCAUCUAUGCGCUGCAUCUGGAAAACUGGCUCCAGUACUUCCCCCUCUCCCAGAUCCUCUUUGUCAGCGGUGAGCGACUCAUAGUGGACCCUGCCGGGGAAAUGGCCAAAGUACAGGAUUUUCUGGGCCUCAAGCGUGUGGUGACUGAGAAACAUUUCUAUUUCAAUAAAACCAAGGGGUUCCCUUGCCUCAAGAAGCCAGAAGACAGCAGUGCCCCAAGGUGUUUGGGCAAGAGCAAAGGUCGGACUCAUCCUCGCAUUGACCCAGAUGUGAUCCACAGACUGCGGAAAUUCUACAAACCCUUCAACAUGAUGUUUUACCAAAUGACGGGUCAAGAUUUCCAGUGGGAACAGGAAGAGAAUGACAAAUGAGGCCAGAGCUGGGGAGGGAAGGCUGGGGAAUCGCUCUGGAGGCUCCUUACCUGAAUCCUGGCUCCCCUGGGGUCUGCAGCCUCAGCCCUGCUGUGGUGCCGAGUAAAUCUCCU